CGUUCUGCGAGCUCCUUUACACUGUGAGCGUUAGCUUCGUAACUGCAGGAACAGCUUCUCCCUAUCUACUCUAUCCAACAAGCUCAUGAUUUUGAAAACCUCUGAAUCUAGUGUGCCGGUCAACGUUUUUCCCUCAGCUAAUACCACUAAAGAAACAGAUUAUUUGGUCAAUCAUCGCUUUGAUAUUUCUGGAAAGUAAUUUCAAACCAGAGGGAAAAAAAGUUUGCCAUUGGAGGAAGUGCAGCCACCUGCUGUGGUCACAUUAGCUUUCAUCAGCUUAAACUGUUCCUGAAGGAAGGAGAUGGUUCCUUUUUCGUGACAGGACUCCUUUAACAGGGGACUUGUUUUCUGAGAGCAAUGUGUAGGCUGUUUCUCAUUGAACCUGUUGUCGCCCUAUACACUCUGCCUAAUAUGGCAGAUGAACUCUUAAUGCAGCAGUAUAUUUAUCGCAGGAUAUGGACAAGGGAAACUAACAGCAGCUAUGUUGGGAAUGAAACUAGUUCUUACUGCUACCAGAACCACAGUGACCCUGUGUACAUGAAACAAGAGGUUGUCCAGGGAUUAUCAUCUCACUUCUUUAUGUGCAUGACUUUGAUUCAGUUCCUACCCAACUUCAUCGUUAGCUUCAUAUUGGGCUCAUACAGUGAUCAAUAUGGACGCAGAUUAACUCUUCUCCUCCCCUCUAUCGGGGCUCUGAUUACCAGCUUGUCCUUUUUAGCCAUGACCUACUUUUCUUGGCCUAUUUAUUUUCUUUUUAUACCCAUUGCACUAAGUGCAUGUUUUGGUGGCUUCGCAACUUUGUUCGGAGGAGCUUUUGCCUAUGUAGCAGAUGUGAGCUCUAGUGAGCACAAAAAUAUGCGCAUGGCAUUGCUGGACAUGAUUGUUGGCGUAAUGGGUGGCAUAGGGCUGAUAACAUCUGGACACUUACUGAACGCAUUAAACUUUAAUUGGUUAUUCUUGAUUGCCUCAUUGAUUAAUUUUGCCAAUGUCAUGUAUAUUAUCUUUUUCCUUGAAGAGAGUGUCCAAGUGUCAAGAAAUGGGCAAAACAAAGGAUCAGGCUGUGGAAAAUUCCGAGAAAUAUUCACUGGAAUUAUAAAUCUAUAUAUUAGUUCUAAUUUUAGAAAUCGUGUUCAACUUGGCCUCAUGCUUCUUGCUUUUUCAACCUAUGCAUUUGCUUCAUUUGGUUCUGGUGGGCUUUUUACGCUUUAUGAAUUGAAUGCGCCUCUUUGUUGGAAUGCAGUACUUAUUGGAUAUGGCUCUGCAACUGGACUAAUUUCAUUUCUUACAAGUUUUCUGGGAGUGACGGUAUUUUCCCGCUUUCUUCGAGACCAUUUUAUAGUUCUUAUUGGGAUAUUAUCCUUUGCUGGAGGAAUGAUCAUGACUAUCUUUGCCAAGACUACACUGUUCAUGUUUCUGGUGAGACUGGUUUUUCUUUUUGCCGUCAUGCCACUUCCUGUCCUACGAUCAAUGAUGUCGAAGUUAGUCUCACCUCAGCAUCAAGGUGUUCUCUUUGCCUGUGUUGCCUGUCUUGAAAAUUUAAGUGCUACUGUUUCCUCCAUAGUUUUCAACACUGUUUAUGCUGCCACCGUCCAAAGCUUUACAGGCUUCAGUUUUUUGCUGGGAGCAUGUUUAUGCCUGAUUCCAUUUUGUAUUUUGUGUUUCUUUUUCUGGUGGAAGCCUCAAGAGGAAAGUUACACUGGACUGCGAACCAAUGAAAGCAGCAGUUAGCUCUCAUGCAAGCUUUCAUUUACUCUAGAUUGCAGUGAGGUUAUAUUUUCAGAGCCUCUCCAUGUGCCGAUCUAUUUGCUUGAUCCUGUUAUACAAAAAUGGGAAGUGUACACAGCUCUGCAUGUAGUUCAAAACUGAGAUUUGGAGCAAUACCAUUAGUGUCAGAAAGUAUCUAAUACGUAUUCAUUCCAAUCCAAUCUGAUUCAUUUAGCACUAUCCCUUUUAGAAAGUAUAUGAAAUUAAGGUUUCAGAGUAGAUUUGUAUGUGAAAUUGCUGAGACAUCAAAAUUAAGGUGUGACCAAAAGCAAAAUGUUACAAAUAUUGGAAAUCUCAAACCAAAACUGCAAUAAGGAGAGAGGAUGUUUUGGAAGGGUCCUCAAACAAGGCUUUUUGGGUAGAGCUUCGGAAUGUUAAGAAGGCAGCUACUUUACUGGCAGUGUAUUAUAGGCCUCCAGCGGGAAAUAGGAGCAAAUAUGUAGACAGUUUACAGAGGUGUGUAAGAAUAAUAAUCAGGUAAUUAUGUGAGAUGAUUUCAGCUUUCCCAACAUAAAUUGGGAUCAUCAUAGUGUUAAUGGUUUAGAGUGGAUGGAAUUCUUGAAAUGUGUCCAGGGGACUUUUUGUAUCAACACAUCGAAGGCCCAACAAGGGAUGGUGCAAUGCUGGAUCUGGUUCCAGGAAAAGAAGCCAGACAAGUGUUUGAUGUGGCACUGGGGGAGCAUUUAGGUGAUAGCGACCACAGCACGGUACAAUUCAUAAUUGUUCUGCACAAGGAAAAAGAUGGCCUGCAAAAGACGGCUUUAGAUUGAGGGAGGGCAGAUUUUAUUAAAAUAAAGCAGGAUCUGACCACAGUAGACUGGAAACAGCUUCUUGUGGGUAAGUCUACAGUUUAGCAAUGGGUGGCAUUCAAAAUGGAGCUGGGGGGAGAGUAGAGGUCCGAUCUGUACCCUUUAGAGGGAAAUGUAGGAGCAAUAAGUUCAGAGAACCCUGGAUGUCUAGGACAAUUCAGGACUGGAUAAAGAAGAAGAGCAGGGCUUUUAGCAAAUCCAAAGGGAGCAAUACAGCAAGUGCAGGAGGGAACUUACAGCAAUUAGAAAAGCAAAAACGGGGCAUGAGAAAGGACUUGCGAACCAGACAAGAGAGAAUCCUAAGAUAUUUUAUAAAUACAUUAAAGGGAAGAAGUUAACCAGGGAAAGAGCAGGGCCCAUUAGGAACCAAGGGGGCAACCUGUGUGUGAAGCCACAGGAUAUUGGAAGGCUGUUGAAUGAAUACUUCUCUUCGGUCUUCACUCUGGAAAAGGAGAACAUAGGAAUGGAAUUCAGGGAAAGGAACAGUGAAGAAAUUGCCCAGCUUGACAUCAGAAAUGGGGAGGUAUUGGAGGUUCUGCUGCACUUAAAACAGAUAGAUCCCCUGGCUCGGAUGAAUUGCAUUCAAGGCUGCUGUGGGAGUAGGGCAGGACAUUGCAGAGGGCUCUGACACAAAGUUUUAAUUCCUCUGACCCCAGGGUAAGUGCCAGAAGACUGGAGGAUGGCUAACGUGGCUCCACAUUUUAAGACAGUUGAUAGAGAUGAACCAGGAAAUUACAGACUGCUGAGUCUCAGAUCAGUGGUAGGGCAACUAUUAGCAAAUUUCUGAAGGAGCAAAUUAAUACUCACUUAGACAGGCAUUGUUUAAUUAGGGAUAGUCAGCAUCGCUUUGUCAGAAAGAGGUCAUGCCUAACACAUUUGUUAAAAAUUUUUGAAAAUGUGAUCAAGUGUGUGGAUAAGAGAAGCUCAGUUAAUGUAGUUUGUAUGGAUUUUAUCAAAGCUUUUGACAAGGUCCUUAAGGGACUGAGUAGGUUAAAGCACAUGGAACUGACAAAAACUUGAUGAAAUAGAUCAGAAACUGGCUUAGUAAUAGGACACAAAGGGGAGUGGUAGAAGGCUGUUUCAGUGACUGAGACAGUUGUCCAGUGGCCUCCCACAAGGAUUGGUCCUGGACCCUUAUUGUUUGUUAUAUACGUAAAUGAUAUAGAUGAAAAUAUUGGGGGAAUGUUAAGCAAAUUUGCAGACUGCAUCAAGAUUGGUAGAGUGGUUAAUAGCAAGAAGAUGGGUGCAGGUUACAGGACGAUAUAGAUGCAUUAGUCAGAUGGGCAGACAGUAUUUUUUUUUAAUUCAUUCGUGGGAUGAGGGCAUCACUGGCUAGGCAGCAUUUAUUGCCCAUCCCUAAUUGCCCAGAGGACAGUUAAGAGUCAACCAUAUUGCUGUGGUUCUGGUAUCACAUGUAGACCAGACCAGGUAAGGAUGGCAGUUUCCUUCCCUAAAGGACAUUAAUGAACCAGAUGGGUUUUUCCAACAAUCGACAAUGGAUUUACAGUCACCAUUAGACUCUUAAUUCCAUUUUUUUAUUGCAUUCAAAUUCUACCAUCUGCCAUGGCGGGAUUCGAACCCAGGUUCCUGGAAUGUUACCUUGGUCUCAGGAUUAACAGUACAGCAGUCAUAUCACUUGGCUAUCAUCUCUGUGAUAAAUGUCAGGUGAUGCACUUUGGAAGAAGAAACAAGAGUAUUUAAUGACUGGCAGGACACUGGGUAGCUUAGAAACAGAGGGAUCUUGGGGUAAUGAUUCACAGAUCACUGAAGUCAGCAGAGCACAUGAAUAGGAUAGUCAAGGCAUAUGGGAAAUUUGCUUACUUAGUGUAUGCAGUUCUGGGUCACCUCACUCCAAGAAGGAUGUGAUAGCACUAGAGCGGAAGUUCACCAGGGUGUUGCCUAGAAUGGAGAAACUGAGCUUUAAGGAGAGACUAGACAGGUUUGGUUUGUUCUCUUUAGAACAGAGAAGUCUACAGGGGGGCCAUGAUAGAGAUAUAUAAGAUCUUGAGAGGUAUGGACUAGGUGAAUAGAAAGCAGCUGUUCCCCUUGGUUGAGGGGUCAAUCAUGAGAGGGUCAGAGGCAGAGAUUCAGAGGGGAUUUGGAAAACAAAAAUUCACUCAACUGAUGGUGGCAAUCUGGAAUGGUGGAGGUUGGAAAUCUUACAACCUUUAAAAAAUGUUUGGAUGAGUACUUCAAAUAUCAUAACAUUCAAGGAUAUGGGUAGGCGCCUUAAAUUGGGAUUAGCACACUUUUACUGGUAGUUAUUUUAGUACAAACUCAAUGGACCAUUGGGCCUUUUCUGCAUUGUAUGAAUCUAUGAAAAACUAGCCAGCUAUUUUCAUGGUCUUUUAUAUAGAUGUGAAGAAAUUUUCUAUGUUACAUUCUUGUUAAAAAAUGUGUUUCAAUUAAUUGUCAGAAGGAAUUGGUUGUGAGGGAGAGAUGUUCGAACACUUCAUUCACUGUCCUGACUGAUGGGAUAAAAAUCUUUCUUUUUAAUGGGUUUGAAGUAAAAUUAAUUUCUGCAGCUUUAACCCAGUCCCAGCGGAUGAAACAACAUCUGUAUUAAUUGAAACUAACGAGCAGAAAUUUUCUGUUUUUUGAGAUUGCAUGGAAUCUUAAAUAAACAGGCAACUAACAAAUUAACUAAGUGUCAUCAAUGCAAAUAUGAUUUGGUGAACAUUGACUUGAUUCUACCAUCAAUGGAAUCAAUACCCUGAAAGAUAUAUCCAACAUAAACUAGUUGCAAUGACCUUCAUUAUUUGUUCAGCUUUCUAUUUUGAUAUUUCUUCAAUACUGAAAGAAUUGCAUAAUAUACCAUUGUCAAUUCAUUAAUAAAUCUUUAAUUGCAAAAAAUGGACUUGUAAACAACUAUAAAAACAUUCAAAUUUGAAUAUUACAGAAUUUACAAUAGUAUUCACCUUGACCCCAUGCAACAUGCCCCAUUUAAUGUGAUUUUAAUAGACGUAAUAUUUAAGGGGAGGCAGUAGCAGAGCGGUAAUGUCACUGGGCUAGUAUUCCAAAUCCUAGGUUAAUGUUUGGUGGAACAUGGGUAUAAAUUUGAAUUCAGUAAAAAAGUCUGGAAUGGAAAGGUACCUAAUGAUGACCGCUGUUGCUUGUCAUAAAAGCCUUCUGGUGAACUAAUGCCCCUUGGUCUAUGUGUACCACCAGACCUUUGUAGUUGACUCUUAACUGUCUUCUGGGCAAUUCAGGAUGGAUAAUAAGUGCUGAUCUAGCCAGUGACACCCGCAUCCAAUGAAUGAAUAAAAACAAAGUUCCAAAAUGCAUUCAGGUAUACAGACUGAGGGUGAAAACAAUUUAAACUGGAAAUUACAGGAAGUGCAAAAGAUUUUGCUCGAUGCACAAUAAUGUGCCAUAAGUUAUUAAUGAGUAUUUUAAAAUAGCUAUAGUCACAGGAUGGAUUUCACUUGUAACAUCUUCCAAGUUCAAAGGUUCACGAUUAGCCAAUUUUGAACUCAUUGCCACACCUUAUUGUGAAUCAUGUUACUCUUUAAUUCAGCCAUCACCAGCAUGUGUCCUUGAACAAAUAUUUAUGAAAAGCCAAUAAUAUAAAUGUGUUUCCUUGUCCACCAUUUUCGUAAAGGAACAAAUUCCCAUAUCAGGCAUCAAAUACUGAUGUGAACGACUGUGUCUAGCUAUGUACAGUAACACUGUUGCUCAAUUCAUUCUCCUUCAAGCAUUUAUUCAGUUUUAUUUUCAAAUCCACUAUUGAAAAUGCUUUCACUAAACCACUAGCUAGUGUAUUUCAAAUCCUAACCAUUUAUUGUGUAAACAUGAUUUUCUUCAUGUUAAAUUGUGUUACUGUUUUGCUCUUGUUUUGGUUUACGAAAUAAAACAAUAUUUACUGUG